AUGGUCGAAACAUCUCACUUGAACAACAGCAGCAAGAGCUCCAACGCCGAGAACGUGAGCAACAACCAGAGGACCGAGCAGGAGACGGACCUCCUAGAUUACAGCGAGGCGAUGACCAGAGAUACUCCUUCAGCCCCGCUGCAGCCGAGCGGCUUUGAAGGCUUAGGCUCCAGUCUGCCAUCAGUUACCGACACCGCUACGAGACCACAGGCGGCAGAAACUUCGAGGUCGGAGCAAGGAAUUUCACCUGCCUUAAUCAACUCGAGGGCAACAUCCCUAGCGCUAGAGACCGCGUCCAACCGAUCGACUCCGGUACCUCGCCCCGUAGACAGACUAGUUUUCCCGGUCAAUUCGACUACUGUGACGGGUCGGUCAAUACUAGCUCCGACCCCCCUUCUACCAAAUCCGAACCGAUUCUCAGCCUUGAGUCCCUCUCCAGCCCCACUCGGCUUAGACGACAUCAUAGUGGACAACCAGGAGCUCGAGACGGUAAUCCACCUCUUCAACGAGCAAUGGAACACCUUUGUCCAAGCUCGAGAAAAUCAGAACACGCGAUUGAUGAGAAUGGCCCUGGUCCAAGCGAUAUCCAGCCAGGAAGAAAUCCGAUUACUAGCUGGUGGAGCGGAGAUGCUCAGAAUUUGCAAAAACUGGAUAGCGAGGGAAGAGUUAGCGGAUCUAGAGAGGUCAGAGGCGGCAACUCGAAGUCGGUCGACCCAACGCCUAGCUAUAACGCAAACGGCCCACCAACAUACGAUCAGCCCAUCCCCAGCCCCUCAGCGUUCGAUACGCCAGUCCUCCGACGUGACGUACCUGGGUACUGGCCAGGUACAGCAGCAAUCAAACCCGCCACCUCCACCCCCGCCACCGUCUACUCCACACCCGUCGGAGGUUGCGCGACAGACGCAACAUUACCAGCAGCAGCCCCUCAAUCACUAUCAACAGAGAGGCUACCACAACCCACAACCUCAACAAGAGAGGUUCGUACAGAACUACGCGCCCCCCCAGCACCAAGAAGUGCAAGUCGCCCAGAAUCACGGUUUUCAACAGCCCCCUCGCCCCCCACGUCAAGGAAACUGGAGAGGAUCCGGGAGGAACAGGAGACGCCCCCAAGACCAGACGACGAGACUACUCGAAGUAGGGGAAUACUUGAUGAGAGCCGAGAGGAUCGCCGGCAGAGUGUUCAGGGACCAUGCCAGAGGGAGGGGAAGAGGAAGCAGGAGACGAGGACCCCCUCGACAAGAAGAACCCCCAGCGGAACACCGCCAGUAA